AGUGGGUGGUGGGGGUGUGGGGCAGUGGAGGAGGAGGAGGAGGAAACCGCUGCAAACAUCGGAAAGUUCAACUAAAAUGCAGAGCUGCGCAGAGUAAGACGACGCACUCAUUGACGGAAAGAAGCUCGUGGAGCUGUGACGACAGCGGGGGAGAAGAAACCCCCCCAGCUCCAAAAAAAGCAGAAGAGGAGCCUUUCCAGAAAGGUCACCGGUGUGCCAAAGCGUGUCUGCAUGCGAGCUACCCAAACACCGCACCAAAAACAAACCAAGAAAACCAAAUCGGCAGCACCAUGUUGGUGAAAGAGUACCGCAUAUGCAUGCCGCUCACUGUGGAUGAGUACAAGAUCGGGCAACUGUACAUGAUCAGCAAGCACAGCUGCGAGCAGAGCGGGAGUGGAGAAGGGGUGGAGGUGGUGAGGAACGAGGCCGAUACUCACCCCCAGCACGGCCCGGGACAGGUGACGGAGAAACGAAUCUACCUCAGCAGCAAGCUGCCAGCCUGGGCGAAGGCGUUUGCCCCGCGGUUCUUCUACGUGACGGAGAAGGCCUGGAAUUUCUACCCGUACACCAUCACAGAAUACUCGUUGUCAUUUCUGCCCAAGUUCAGCGUCCGUAUUGAGACGCGAUUCGAGAACAACAACGGCUCCAACGACAAUAUAUUCGGCACGCCGACACCUGCGGAGCAUGUGAGUUUCCUGGAUAUCCUGAGUGACCCCAUACCCGAAAAGCACUACAAAGAGUCCGAGGACCUGUCUCGCUGGCAGUCGCGUAAGACUCAGCGAGGGCCUCUGGAGGAGGGCUGGAGGGAGGACCACCAGCCCAUCAUGUGCUCCUACAAGAAAGUGCACUGCAGCUUCGAGGUGUACGGCUUGCAGACCAAAACUGAGGAUUUCAUCCACAAAAACAUUCGGGACAUCCUCCUGAUUGGUCACCGGCAAGCAGUGGCUUGGGUGGACGAAUGGCACGGGCUGAGCUUGGAGGAGGUGAGACAGUACGAGAAGAUGAUGCAACAGAAGACCAACAUCAAAGUGAAACAAAGCACAGGAGCUCCGACCUCGUCCGCUCCCGUGUACUCUCGCUCCAUGUCGGUGACGGACGAGCGUACCCUGAAGAAGAUGGGAGCACCCGAGCCCUCGGGUGGCUCCACCGUUCCGCAGGGUCCCGUCCGGCUCAACUCCUCCUCCGAAUGAGGACAUCAAAUGCAGUCGACAUUUGGAGUGACUUGUGUUGAUUCUUUCAUGUACAUAGAGGACAACGCAGCUAUUUUUUUUUUCCCAAAACGAGGAAUAUUUCUGCUGACACAUUCAUGGAACAACAAUGGCACUUCCUCGAGCCCAGACCGUGUGUGCGUAGGGUUGCGAAAUUUGGGGAAUUUGGGGAAUUUUCAAAGUUGGACACCUCCCAUGGGACUUCAAUCCUUUGCAAAAUUGAAGCUUGGCUUUAAUUGCAAACUUAAGGUCGUAUCCCACCGAGCGGCGAAGCUUUACAAGUGUUUGCCUACGUCGUGAAUGUUGAUUUUUCGUCAGGGUUCGUUCAAGGUCGCAAAGAAGGUCCACCAGACGUUCGCCAACACAAGGCUGAGGAAAAAUCACUCUUCGCUAGACUCGCCAACAUUCGUAAAGCUUUGCCGCUCAGUGGCAAAGAGCGAAAAAAAAAAACGGACUCAUCAGAAAAAAUAUUGUUGCAUCAUCCUGACUCAAAUAUUUUCGAAGAUGUGUUCGAUUUGGUUAGUUCUUUCGUUUCAUGAUUUCCCAUUAAACGAGCCCCCAUUUAUUCCCAGGCGGAAUUUGCAGCAUUAAAAAUGCUAGCAAGAGUUGAGCACAGCCUCACAUCACAACACCGCCGCCGCCGUCUCGAGUUUCUGACCAAAGCCGCAUCCCUUCACUAGCAUGUACAAGCCCCAUUCGCAAACUAAAAUAAGAAUAAUUUACAGACAACUCACAUCCAGAUUUGUAAAAAUUGCAGCGCUAAGCUAGCAAUUCACACCCAAAACGAGCUGACGUUAGCCACAGCCUUCGCAUGAUUUAUUUGAGUGGAACGCAAUUUAUCAGAAACUUUCCAAAAAUGGACAUGAAAUUUUCGAACCCUUUGUAACGCGAUCACAAAGACUUAACAAUCCUUUAUUGGUUGUUGGGGUUUUUUUUUUUUCUGAUAUCCAUAAGCUACUUCAUGCAAACAGUAUUCCCAGAGAAAUGAAGUUCGACCCACAUUGCAAGGUUCCUGCCUGAGCCCAUCUCAAGUUCGGGACCUUCACCAGACAACAAUCCUUCAACCAAACAUUUUCCACAUUCACGUUUGGAAGCAUUCGCACAAAAAUCUUAAGGAUGGCGCGUCCAGAAACGGCCAAUGGACAUGCCUACCCAAAUGUCACCGUGCUCAAGUGGAACUUGCCUCAAGAGGAUUUCGAAAGGAGCACUUGGACUGUUAAAGGAUCAAAAGUCAGUCUGGAAAAGCCCUGAAAUGGUGAUUUGAUGUGUUUUCUCAAUUUCCCUUGCCUGGUGCUCACACUGUAGCUGUAAAAAAAAAAAAAAGAAAAAGAAAAUCCUGCGAGCCGAGCUCCAGGUGUUUAGCGAAGUGGAUGUCGAGAGCGGCACGCCGUCAACGCUACGGAUGUGCCUCCCUCGGCGCCUAUGCUAAAAGGUCACAGCGGGCGUAUUGACACGCGGCACCGAGGCGUCCUAUCGGCACUUGAUCUCUUAAAAACGGGUCGGGCCCAGGCUAUGCGUCAAUUAUGAGUCAAUGACGUUGCCUUUGACGAGAUUCUUCGCUUCAUUUGGAACCAAAGAAGACUCUGCCAGAAAGCUUUCUGUGAGGAAACAAUUUGCAUAACAUUAGAUGUAGCGUACGGUUUUCUAGGAAUCAAACGGGAAAUGUAUCAGGAAUCGAUAUGGUGUAUUUUUCUUCUUUUUUUUUUUUUUCAAUAAAUAUAAAAAUUAUUUCCA